AUGGUUUGCCAUUUGUGUCUUGCGAGGGCUCAAAGUUUCCAAUCUCUUGUAGAGCGGGAGUCCAGGGAGGAAGACCCAACUACAUCAGAGACAGAAGAAACCUACCCAACAAAGCCACGCAAAGGGGGCCGUGGGGUCUCGGAACACAAAGCCAUCGCCCUGAACAACUUCCGUCAAAAAAAGCAGUCUGCCUCGAGGAUCGUGUCCGUGGAGAACAAAGGCCAGACUCACUCUUCACCCGAGUACAGCAUCGAGUCGGAGAUGGGUCCUUGCCGUAGACAGAUGGAGACCGUUAUGCAGGACAUGAAGAUGUCUCAUCGCGUGUAUCCAAGGGCAUUCUAUAUUCCCAACUGUGACCGUAAAGGAUUCUUCAAAAGGAAACAAUGCAAGCCCUCCAGAGGUCGCAAGCGUGGGAUCUGCUGGUGCGUAGAUAAAUACGGACUUAAGCUUCCUGGAAGCGAUUAUGCCGCCGGUGACCUGCAGUGCCACAGCUUCGACAGCAGCAACAUCGAAUGA